UGGGAUUCGAACCUGCAAACCCACGCAGAGUAAUUAGAGGUGCGGUGGCGAGCGUAUUCCUAACGCUUAGCCCGCUGAGCCACACAGCCGUGCCGAACAACACAAAAAGUAAACGUACAAACAAAAUGCAGAGAUACCUGGGAGGCGAGCAUAACUUGAAAUAAAGUUUAAAAAGCGUACAAGUACAUGCCCACCCACCAAAAAAUAAAAUGAAAAAAGCACACAAAGAGUAAAGGCGAUUCAGAAUAUGGCAAUACUUUUAACGCAAUUUAAAAAAACAGCAAAAUUUAGAUAGAUAAUUAAAUGUAAUAAACUUCUAACAACUUCUUUCGUCUUUGAUUGAUGAUAAUUUAACGAUCCACAUGUUCGUAUCCAAUUAUGGUUUAUUGAGAGACUACCAGAAUUAGCCCCAGAACUUAUAUAUAUAUAUUUAUAAAUAAAUGAAGCUGAUUUUGAAUGCUGCAAAUUCUGGGUCUGUCUGUGUAUAGCACAAAUCUAAAUAAGUGAAAAGAUAUAGACUAGGACACGUAGUUUGCUUUUAGAAACACAAAAAUUCACGAACAAUUAACAAAUGUACAAAACAAAUAAAAAAAUGUGUGGAUGAAAGGCAGCAUGCAGUUUUGAAUAUAGGGAACAUUAAAGUGUAACAUUGCAAAUUAUUACAAAAAUCCCCAAUUGGUUCCAUGGAUGCAUUGUUGUGAUAACUUUGUAAAUUACUAUGGUACCACACAUUAUGGUAUAACACAUUAUCCCAGUAAUAUAUAAAUGUAAUUAUAAAAUAGCAACAACCUAGGACAGAAAACAUUAUACAUCCGUACACACUGACACAGUCUGAAUAAAUUAUGUUGGCCGAUAUGUUACAUAUGAGAAUUCAUAACCCUGUCUUAAAAAUGUGCACUCCAUCGACUGUCCUGUUGUCAGAAGUGUACUAAUGAAUAAUUCAAAUUAUAACGUUUAUACUGUUUUUAGUGUGGUAGUGAGGGCAUUAGUAUUUUGCAAUGAUACUUUAUUUAGCGGUAAUUUUGUUAUCUAUUCACUGUUCUUCCUAACAGUUUGAAAAUCUACUCUAUGGCUACUUCGGAAACAGCAUCACUUUUUUCCUUUGAGGUUGCUGUAAAAACAGUUUUUCUCAAACGUGCUGUUGUUUGUCGAGUUCCUUCAAUUUCUGUUCGAUUGCUGGAUUAUCCGCCGCUUGACUUGAAUUUAAUCACAGAUGAUGAAUUGCAAAAGGUGAAAGACUAUGUUGAGAACAAUCCUGAUUCAACAAUAAAAACACCACAAAUCUUGGAGUUACAAUAUAGUACAGGAACUUAUUCUUUUACAAAUGGGAAAUCAUGUUUAAUAAAAAUGAAGAUAACUGAACUGGGAGAAAGUCUAUGCAGUAUCCCUGUGUAUGUUAUGCUGAUGGAUGUUUUACCGAAAACACCCAGACUUGUUGCUUCUUUUGCCCUUAGCCUUGAAAACGCAAUUAGAAAGAUUGUGCGGAAUGUUUCAGAAACUGGCAUCGAAGUACCUUCUGCCGAUGGAGAGAGAGAUGUAUUUCCGUUGUAUAAUCUCAUGGGAAAUAAAGUUGGUGAAAUGGAAAUGGGUGUGAGAUUGACAAGUCUUGGAGUAAUGAUGUUACAACAUGUGUCGGGAAUUUCUGAGCCUAUAAAACUUGAAAAUUCACCUAUUAUAUCUAAAAAAAGCCUUUCAACUUCUAAGAAAAUUAAUGACAGAGCUUCUUCACCAAUUUUUGAUAUACAUGCACCUGAAAAAAGUCAGGUUACAAAAUCAAUUAAAUUUGACGAUGACGGUAACAAAGAAAAUGUAAAAUCAUACAAAGUUAAUAAUUCUAAAGAGAAAUUGCUUUCAUCUGAAGCAACACAAACAAGUAAACGUAACAUGCCAUUGAAGUAUGUCCAAAUUCCUAUUCAGCCAACUCGGGAGGCACUGGGUUCUACUGAAAAUAUUUUUUGUCCUCCUGCUCUUUAUUAUGAUAGGAAUUCUGAUGAUAUAGAAAGAAGCUAUUAUAAGAAACAGAAGCAAGCAAUAUUGCAUAAAGUACAAUACAGACCUGAAACUUCUCUGACAAUGUCUGACCUUGACAAUAAUGAGAGAAACAAAAUUAUCAUUCCCUCAUCUGUUGUUUAUAAAUCUCCAAGUCGUAAUGGAUUUGUAUCAAGUCACGCUACACAAACAGAGAAAGGUGUAUCGGCAGGGAUAUCAUCAUCUCUCAAUGACUUUCCAAUAUUAAGAGCAUUGGUUGAGGAAGUUGUUAGGUUGGGUCUGAAUGAAUCUAAACCUCCUGAAACACCAGUUCCAAAUGUACAAGAUAUGAAGAAAACCACUUUACCUGUACAAACUAAGAAAUCCGUAAAACCAUUUUUAGCUGGAUCGAAAACAAUAAAGAGACAGCCUGAUCGUAAACAACCACUCAAGUUUGGACUCACAAACUCUAUGCGUCUCAGAAUGGCUAUGAAUAAGACUACCAUAAGGGAAAGAGAUCAAUAUGUUUUCACUCCUGAACGAAAGCCCUUACGCUCAAGUAUGAAAUCUGUGAAACAAUCAAACUUGGGUCAGACAUACACAAUUAAACAGCAAUUUGCAGCUGGAAGCAAACAUGUUAAAAUGAUCACGACUGCGAGUGGUCCUGAUAGCAGCAUGUAUCGCAGAAUGCCAGCACCAAAUGUUCAGCAACAAACUGUCUAUCUUGGACGAAUGGCAGGUUAUGAAGAGGCAACUGAUAUGGAUGUUCCCUCGAUGGGUCAUCUGACGUCAGAAUCUCGAUAUGAACAAUCACUGGACAAAGAUGAAAAAGAGGUGGAUGUCGGAAUAGAAGAUCUCAUGAUUGUAAAAGAUCUAGGUACUCCGAGAGCGCACAGUCGACAAAGCCAGAGAAGUAUUGAGAUUCACCUCCCAACUGCAUCAACAGAAUUUACUCUGGGUAAAGAUGAUGAUGAUGCUGAUUGGGAAUCCACCUCUAGUGAUAAAGAAAAACUUUUCAAGAAAAACAAAAUAGAAGAAGAGGAAGAAGAAGCAGGAUUUCACACUCCUCCUGAAUAUCCUAACGAACAAUUGAAAGAUGAAAGAUACAUGAAAUUGGCAAUGGAAACCGAUGAAAAACAGGCAGCAUCUGACGUUUCUGUAUCAGAAAGAUACAGAUAUUCAGAUGAUUUUGAAGAUGAUAAAACCUGGUCUGCAAAUCGUACUCCCUCUGCACUCACACCUAUCAACUCAACAAUGAUUAUCAAAGAGGAAGAUGAGGAGGAAGAAGAAGAGAGUACGGAAGAGAAGCGAAAACCAAUUGCACCAUUUCCAUCAAAAUCCUUUGAUUCAACAAUCACAACUACUAGAACUUCUGAUUUUACUGACAGUUAUGGAGAGGAAAUCAUAAAGCAAGUAGGAGAGUUGAGGAGUGCAAGUGCACAAAGGCUAACCACAUCAUCUGAUGAUGCAAUCGAUACAUCGUCGGUUUCAAAGGGGUCGAUAGUUACAGCUCUCAUGAAGAAAAAAUCUGAUCCUAGAGAUGUGAAAGUAGGCAACAUUACGGUACCCGGACCUAUUCCUUCUGAUUCUCCAAUUAUCCAGUCAAUCAAUACAGAAUCUGGUAGCACAGAGCAGUUUCCAUUGCCUGAAAAGCACAGCCUCACUUCAAAAUCGACCAAACAUUCAAAGAAAAAGUCACUAAAAAAAGAAGUACAUCUUCCAAAGACAAUCAAAGAACCUCCAUCAUCAAAGCGAGGAAUAAAUCAACCUCCUCCUCCAAAACCUUCAAGGAUGACUCCAUCUCCUCCUUCUACAAGGAGGUUCUCUCCAAUUUCAUCUCCAGAAUCAUCAAGAGAAAGGAUUAGAAGGAUCUACCAUCAUCCAGGAAGAAAAACAAGACCGACUAGUUCGGGUUCUGGAUCUUCAGAUUUUGAGAAGCCAGUAAGCCCAAUAAGACGUUCUGAUUCAGUUAGCUCUUACCAACCAUCUGACAUUAGUGAUAUAAGUAAUGUUAGGAUGUCUGAAGAUCUGGAAAACCUUAGUGAUAUAUUAAGCGAGGAGACGGACUCGCAAAGUGGUGCAAGAUAUAUUCAAAAACCUAAAAUUGAUAUGCCUUCAGAUGGGCCCAAAACUUACUAUGGAAAACCAAAACUGGAUCCUAACACAAAACUUGGCUACACAACAUAGAAGAUAGGUUGGAGAGAUUAAAAGGUACUCCUAAAGUGUGCGCACCAAGAUGUCGCAUAACCUGAACCCUAACCUGGUACACAACCCGAGUUCAGGUUGUGCACCAUCUUGGUGCGCAUACUCCAGGAGGUCCGAUUAAAAUAUUACCGGUAUACAUUGGGGGAAUUUAAAAGUCUCUCUUUAUAAAAACGAUGGUUCAAUUGAAUCUGUGGCGCUUCAAAGGAAAACCUUUUACAAUUUCAUUGAUUUAACCAGUUUGAAUAUUGAAUGGAGUUUCAAAAUAUGCUGUCUGCUGUGACAUUUAUAAAAAUUUAAUCAUAGAAACAUUAUGCCUAUUAUUCGUUUACAAUACAACAAGUCCUAAAUAGAUUUGAUAAACCUAGAUUUAAUUUUUUUAUUCAAAAAAAAACUUAUAUUAUAGUUGCAUUUAUGCGUUUUUUCAGCUUACAUUUAGAAAUUUGUAUUUUCUUAUUGCGACAACCUGAUUUGUUAGUAUUGGCGCAGGAUCAUAUAUGGCUCGGAAAAGCUUGUAAUAAAUAUGAACUUUGUUUCACUGAGAAUAAUACUUGUUGGUACAUACUGCUCAGGUCGUAAUAUGGUGUGAGAAAUUGAGUGAUAAGAUCUAAGGAUACCAACGUGGUCGCCCACGGCCUUGUGCACUAAAACAAAACAUUAAAAGGUCUCAACAAAAAAUUAAUGCGCAUGCGCCAUGUAGUGAAAAACAUAAAACGAACAAAAGCAUAUUAUGACGAAGUUUAACGAGAUGGUUGCACUUGUUUCGUUGUAAAGCAGCAUUUGGAAGCGGACUUGCAUAACUUUAUAAACUCUCUCCCCGGAAAGUGAAGAUUCAGUGUCUCCAGCAGUGAUUGCAAAGCAGCAAAAGGCGGCAAAUGUGUAUUUGCAAAUUAUAGCACUUCAUUUUUUGUAUUAUCAAGCUAUGAGCCAUAUAACAGAUUUCUCUCAUG